ACAUUUAUUUCCCACACCGAAGAGCCGAGGCAGAAAGACAAAAAGGAGCGGACUUCUGUAAGGACGAGCUGCGUGGGAAAGCUGAUGCCGGCAACUGCCUUCGCAGGCUCCAACUCCAGCACCAUGAACACGUCUGCUCAUCUCCACUUUGCCGGAGGAUACCUGCCCUCUGACUCUAAGGACUGGAGGACCAUCGUCCCGGCUCUCUUGGUGGCCGUCUGCCUGGUGGGCUUCAUGGGGAACGUUUGCGUGAUGGGCGUCCUCCUUCACAGCGCCUGGAAAGGAAAGCCAUCCAUGAUCCACUCCCUGAUUCUGAAUCUCAGCCUGGCCGAUCUCUCUCUCCUGCUCUUUUCUGCACCUGUCCGAGCUACAGCAUACUUCAAAAGUGUUUGGGACCUCGGCUGGUUUGUCUGCAAGUCCUCUGACUGGUUCAUCCACACGUGCAUGGCAGCCAAGAGCCUGACGAUCGUUGCAGUGGCCAAAGUAUGCUUCAUGUAUGCAAGUGACCCAGCCAAGCAAGUAAGUAUCCACAACUGCACCAUCUGGUCAGUGCUGGUGGCCAUCUGGGCUGUGGCUAGCCUGCUACCCCUGCCCGAAUGGUUCUUUAGCACCACCAGGCUUCAUGCGGGUGUGGAAAUGUGCCUCAUGGAUGUACCCCCUGUGGCAGAAGAGUUCAUGGCCAUGUUUGGUAAGCUCUACCCUCUCCUGGCAUUUUGCCUUCCGUCACUCCUUGCCAGUUUUUAUUUCUGGAGAGCUUAUGGCCAGUGUAAAAAACGAGGAACUAAGACUCAAAAUCUUAGAAACCAGAUGCGCUCCAAGCAACUCACGGUGAUGUUGCUGAGCAUUGCUGUCACCUCGGCUGUCCUCUGGCUCCCUGAAUGGGUAGCCUGGCUGUGGAUAUGGCAUGUGAAGGCCGGAGGCCCGGCCCCACCACAAGGUUUUAUAGCCCUGUCUCAAGUCCUCAUGUUUUCCAUCUCUUCGGCAAAUCCUCUCAUUUUUCUAGUGAUGUCAGAGGAGUUCAAGGAAGACUUGAAAGGCUUAUGGAAAUGGAUAACCAAAAAGCACCCGACUGCCUCAGAGUCUCAGAAGACACCAGCUGGUGACUCAGAGGUCCCUCCCGACAAUGACCCAUCUCCCGAGUCCCCAACAUCCACCCCAGAGAAAGAGAAAACCGGCUCUCCCUCCUCUGGCAUAGAGAGAAGUGAGAAGGCACAGAUCCCCAUCCUCCCUGAUGUAGAGCAGUUUUGGCAUGAGAGGGACACAGUCCCUUGUGUACAAGACAAUGACCCUAUCCCCUGGGAACAUGAAGAUCAGGAGAUGGGAGAUUGUGACAAAUAG